GUCUCAUGAAAUUCACAAAAAUCUUCAAACUUUUGCUCACAAUUAUUGUGCGUUUGUUAAUUCAAAAAAUGUUAGGUAUUGUCACGGGAGCACUGCAACACAAAGACACCAAGAAAUGCGUGAACUUUGGUGAGAUGAGUAAUCCUCCAUAUGGAACUUGCAGUACCCACAGAGGGGCUUUUAUAUGGUGCAUUGAUCAUUUAAUGAAACUGGACACUUCUAACUGUGCUACGGUGUCCUUGGAAACAAACGGAAGGAUAAAAGAGUCUGGCUGGUGUGUUCAUAUGUAUCAAGAACGCGAUGUCUUUAAGUCUCCCUGUGGUACAUGGCCACGCGAUCCACACUUUGAAAACGUUAUCACAUUUUCCGUACAGCCUAACGGGGAGAUUCUCAUUAACAACGUUGGAUACUGUCUAACUAUACAAACAGGCAACAAGUUAAGAGCUCUGAGCAAUUCAAACGCGGCAUGCCGGGAAAGCAGAAGCCGUUUUCGUGUAGUUGGUUAGUAUGAUACAAGAGACUAAUGUUUGUGGUGGUUGUUUGUGUUGUUGUUGUUUGUACUUGCCGUUACUGUCAGCUUUAUAACUGUUGUCGCUGUUGCUGUUCUCCGUUGUAAUAAACAAUGAAUCUUGCCAUGGUCUUGUACGAGU